GUCGACUGUACUGAGUCAGUUCAGCUAUAUUGCAAAAGUCUCUCGAAACGCCACCCAAAAAAAUCAUAAAAACCAUUAUUUUCAGCGUCGUCGUUCGGAAUUGUGAUAACGAAAUUCCUGGUCGAUUGGUUUCUUAUCUGAGCAAUUGUUUUAGUAUUAGAUUGAUGUUUCAAAUUGAAACAUUAUUAACUUGUUCAUAAAACAGUAAGCCCAUUAAUACGGAGCAUUCUAAAAAAAAUAUAAUUUUUUCACUUAACUUGUCGUUUCGAAUAUAAUGGCUGUUAUCAGAGAUGUCAAUUUGGAUACAACCAGCGACAAUGUCAUUUUCAUUGCAACCAUUGGCGGCAUUUGCUUAAUUGUUGCUGUGCUCGGAAUCAAAUUAAGAUGGUUCAAGCAUCGUAUGACAUUCAACGAACUGCCAACAACAUCCGCACCCACAGCCACCAGCAAUGGAAUGGAACCGCAAAUUAUUCGAGCAACAUUUCGGCCAAGCUCAGACUUUGAUAAUUACGUGGAAAUAACACCGCCAAAGGUAUUGCCGCCCGUUCGAAUUCAUAAAUCGGCCAGAAAUGCAAUAUCGUUGCCACCACGAAAGCGACAAGCCCCCGAAAUACCAACACUUCGAAUAUCCGAAACGCAUGACACGAAUGACUCCCAAGAAAUCGAACCACUUCAGGCUCGUUCGUCAGCUGUACAGCUGGCGGACAAUUUAUUUGUUCAAGAGAGACGAACGUCAACACCACCACCACCAUUACCCCAUUCGCCUCCACCAAACGAUCAUCAAGAAAGAUUACUACUCGCAUUAGAAGCCGAUUAUCCUUACACAGAAAGCGAAACAAUUAAAAUAAAGGAAGUGCACAGCAACGAGACUAUUUUACCGUCGCCUCCUCCGUAUCAAGAAAGCGAUCCUUUAGCCCAUAUCCACUUUAAGAAGUUUACCAAGAAAAAACAUUCAUCUACACCAGUUCCGCCAAUAGAAACUGCUGCAACUAGUUCUCUGGAACACACUGAUUCACCCAUACUAAGGAAGAGGUCGGUUGACUUAUCACCAUCACCACGAGAAAUUAAACUGAGCAAGAGACACUCCUUCCUGAAUCAAGUGCCAACACCAACGGAUAUUCCCAAAUUAGCAUUCGACUUUCCAUCCGUAUCGACACCGAAUUUAAGUGGCGCUUUGGAAUCUAAUCAACCAUCGGUGAAGGACCAACCAAAGUCACCAAAGUUGAAUGAGAAGAAGAGCUUAUUGGAAUACUUUGGUUUCAAAACGGGAAGCAAAGCUGAAAAUGACGUUGGAAAAGCGAAAACGGAGAAGAGUGUGGUGCCAUCCAUGCCGAAAAGUGAGAAGACAUUGGAGGCUGUUGCACCGAAAAAUGAGAAGAAAGUCGAGGCCGUUGCAAUGAAAAACGAGAAGAAAGUCGAGGCCGUUGUACCAAAAAAUGAUCAAAAGGCUGUGCCAAAUGCACCGAUCGUCAAGCAGAAAGUGAAAAAAAUCCGGGUCUUGAAGAGCGACAAAAAGGAAAAUGUGCGAAAAAGUGAAACCGUCAAAAAUGAACGACUUGCCACCGGCAACAAUGUUAUGAAAUCAACUGAUAAUACUCGCUCAGACGAUAAAAACGUUCUGGUAGCACAGCAUAUUGAUCCGAAUGAGGAAAUCUUGGAAAAUCGAAUGGAAAUCGAUUAUUUCCAGAAAGUAAAGAAGUCGAAGGCGAAUCGUGUGCCAAUCAUUGUAAAAAGUCCGAAACCGGAACCGAAAUUCGAAGAGAAACAGCCAAAGAGCGAAGUGUUUCGUCACGAAGAAACAUUUUCGGCGGCCAAUGGACCGCUCAAAGUGAAAAAGAAGAAAAUUAAGUCGAUGCCACAAGACACUCCCGUUUCGAAUGGAGUCAAACCAGUCGAAAUUACCAACAAGGAUGUUAAUCAAAACACUUCGUCGACUUCCAAUCCAGUUGAUGCGGCUCCGAUUCCAAAACCGCGGGCUAUUCUCAAAUUGGACGGAUUCGAUGCCGACAAUCGCGAUAUGGAACUGAAGCCGAAGAAAAAGGUUGUACUUCCGGUUGUAUCGUCACCAUCUUCCCCGAGCGACACAGAAGACGCGUGGAAUAUGGUGGCAAAACAUCGACUAAACACGCGAGCCAUCACGGCGACGGCUAUUUCUGUUAGACAGAAAUCGGAAUCAGACGAUGCCAACGGGCAUCCUUUGACACUUCAAACGAAACAGUUGGAAAUGUUGAACAAACCGAAAACUAUGCGAGAAAUGAAACGGGAACAGGAACAACGGCAGGAUCAAAUAUUAAAUUUCGGUGGGAAGGAUGAUAAGGAAUCUGAUACGGAGGCCUAGUAUCACUGGUGAGCAAUGUGUAGCGCGUACUGUAACCUAUUUAUUGAACGUAGAACAUUCAGGACAGAAGGGCAAGGACACAAUUCAUUUAUGUUAGCCACCUUGCCAGCUAUGUAUGUACAACGUCAAAGUAAAUCGAAUAAAGGAAAUGAAAUCA